CCCCCGGGGGCUGCGCGGGGCCGCCGGGAGAGAGGCGGAGCGAAGGCGGAGCUCCUGCUGCCCGCCGCGCCGUGCAGCGCCGGCUGUAAAGGGCGGAGCGCGGCCCGCUGCUCCCCGCCAUGUCCAGGCACGUUUUCCUCACGGGACCCCCAGGGAUUGGAAAGACUACUUUGAUACAGAAAGUCACUCAAGCACUAAAAUCCUCAGACGUUACCAUUGAUGGAUUUUACACACAGGAGGUUAAAGAAGGUGGCAGAAGAAGAGGAUUUGAUGUCGUCACUUUAUCUGGAAAACAAGGUCCUUUAUCUAGAGUUAGUUCUGAUUCUUCUGCUUCAAGACGUGAAUGUCGUGUUGGACAGUACGUUGUAGACGUUGCUUCGUUUGAGCAGUUGGUUCUGCCUGUGCUGAGAAAUGUAAACCAGGGCAGCGAUGCAGAGAAAAAGAUUUGCGUCAUAGAUGAGAUUGGUAAAAUGGAACUCUUCAGCCAGGCUUUUAUUCAAGCUGUUCGUCAAAUGCUGGCUGGCUCUGGGACCGUGGUGCUUGGAACUAUUCCAAUACCUAAGGGAAAGCCACUGGAACUUGUUGAAGAAAUAAGAAGUAGGAAAGAUGUUGAAGUGUUCACUGUAAGUAAGGAAAACAGGAACAACAUCUUGCAGGACAUCUUGGCAGCUGUGGAGUCAUGCAGACAGUGAAGACCUUUUCUUGCUUGUAAACACUAAAGCCUUUAUUUUUGUAAAACAUUACACUUGUGGAUGUUCUAGUCUGUCCUUCCUGCUUAAGCCCCUGCAGGGUUUACUAGAGCAUCCUGGGUAAGCAAGGUAAAGCUGGUAUUACUCUAGAAUGUGAAAAUUAAGAUAGAAGCUUCUUGUUUAUCCAGUUCACAAGCUGAUCCAUUCAACAGAUCCGUAGUUAAUGUGAAAUGCCAACUUAGGCAUUUGAAAAAGGUAUAUGGUCUGACUCUGAUCCUGUUACACCAUGUAAAAGCAAUUAGCUGUCAAAUCUCUUUGAGAUCCUUGUCCUUCAGAGUGGUGAGGACAGUUCUGUCUGGAGGACAAUUCGGGGUCUGUCUUUCCCGUGCAGUAACAUGCAUCGAGGAACCAGAACUUGGCCCUGGUGUAACAGAACAUAACCCUGCCCAAAAAAUUUGCAUGCUCUGCCUGGCUUACGUAGAAAAAUCUUUGCUAACUUUGACCUGCUUCAGGGGUAUCAAAGUGUUUCAGCAUGGAUGCUGGCAAUUCAUGAGGUGGAAGGAAUAAGCAGAUUCCUGCCCCCUGUCCUCCAGGCACCUCUCUCUCCAACAGCGUUAUAAGAAUGGCUAUGCAAGGAAAUUUCCUGUAAUCUCAAGUGAUAUUUACAGAAUUCCACUUCAUGGGAAAACGUAACCAACUCUACCCUCUCUUAAGUGGUCCAGACAGUAGUUAAGGAAGUUGCAUUUUAUGUUUAUUUUAAAGUUUCAGAUGGCAACCUUGCAUUAGACCUCUUACAAAAAAAUCUUUUAGUUUCAUGAGACUGAGUCAAGUCUUGACAUAUGUUUUCCAUGCAGAGUUUAUUAGGUCAAGAUUGACUUAAUACUGCAUGUGUCUAUAUGGGGCUUUUCAAGCCAUUAUAUUUACUGAUACUUUUUUUUUUUGGCUUAUUUAGUUUUUUUCCUUACUCAAUUCUAUACACAGUUAAUGGUCAAUGGUGAUAUAAGGAGUGUGUGAGAGUAUUAGACAAUGUAUUUUUUUCCUCUGAGGUUUGCAAAUGUGUUCAGGGAAAGUACUACCACUUAAUCAAUUUUGCAUGUUGUUAAAACAGAAUUCCUCCCAGGUGCACACUUGUUCACUGUAUGAUUUAUAGUCAUCUUUGGCUAAGUUAAGGCUUUAGUUGCUUCUUAACUUCUCUGUUCAGUUCAACAACUGUUAAAGUGAGCAAACUAAAGGCAUUUUCAAGCAUCA